AUGGCGGGCGAAGGAGACGGCCACGCAGAGCCGAGCGAGGAUGACACGCUGAAGUAUCAGCUGCUGGGUCCCUCUUUAACCAAAGCGGGCCAGGAUGCUGUUGAUCAGCAGAAGGUGUCAGAGAUUAUCUACAAUGCCUCUAAGGGAUCCAAAUUCUUCAAUCAUGAGCAGGAGCGCGAUCGAAACCAGACGAUCAAGAUCGAGCGACUUGGCAAAGAAAAAGCGCGUCUAGAGAAACUAGACUUGAGUCAUGACCUCCGGCGUGCCGACGAGUAUCUUGCAGAGCUCGAAUUGACGCGCGAUCUGACUCAGUUCGUGGUCCAUGUGGACUGCGAUGCAUUCUUCGCUGCCGUUGAGGAGCUCGAUCGCCCGGAACUCAAGACGGUUCCCAUGGCUGUGGGCAAAGGUGUGUUGACGACUUGCAACUAUUUGGCACGGAAGUUUGGCGUACGCAGUGGCAUGGCUUCGUUUGUGGCCAAAAAGCUCUGCCCGCAAUUAGUCCUCAUCCCUUCCAACUACGACAAGUAUACGGCCAAAGCUACGGAGAUCCGAGCCAUUCUGGCACAGUACGAUCCUCUUUUUGAAAGUGCCAGUUGUGAUGAAGCAUAUUUGAACAUCACUGCGUAUUGCAAUGAGAACCAGAUGGACCCGGAAGAAGCCGUCCAACGUUUGCGUGCGGAGGUCCUGGAAAACACCAAUAUAUCGGUGUCAGCGGGAAUCGCCCCAAAUGCGAAGAUUGCCAAGAUCUGUUCUAACAAAAACAAACCGAACGGCCAGUUCCGCGUGUCUAACGAGCGGACUGCGGUCAUGGAGUUCAUGCGUGAUCUUCCGGUCCGCAAGGUCAAUGGGAUCGGCCGCGUAUUCGAGCGCGAGCUCGAAUCAAUUGGGAUCAAGACCUGUGGUGAUAUCUACCCUUACCGCGCGUUUCUGACCAAACUGUUCGGGGAGAAGGCAUUCCAGUUCUUGGGCCAGUGCUACCUUGGCUUGGGCCGAACCAAGAUCGAGCCGGUUGGGACUCAUGAGCGGAAGAGCGUGAGUACCGAGACCACCUUCCACGAGAUUGGCGACAAUGAAGAGCUGCGAUCCAAGCUCCGCUGGGCGGCGGAGGAGAUGGAGAAGGAUCUGGCCCGGACCCAAUUUAAAAGUCGUACAUUGUGUCUUAAGGUGAAACUACACACGUUUGAAGUGUUGACCCGCCAGACGGCACCCCCACGGGCGGUCUCUCAGGCCAAGGAUAUCUAUACAUAUGCGCUGCCUAUGCUGGUCAAGUUGGAAAAGGAGAUCCCUGGGAUGAAGCUGCGAUUGCUUGGUCUACGUUGCUCGAAUUUGGUGAGCACCAAAAAGACGGGGCUGAACUUUUUCGGGUUUACUGCUCAGCCAAAGCCAUCCACCCUUACGGAGACCCCGGAACGCAACAAUGAACACGAAAUCGAUGCGGAGGAGGCUUUUGAAUCGGCGGCCCGGCAGGAGGUGCAAGACGAGAUGAAUGAGUUAGAACAGCUGAGCCAGGAAGCUGCCAGCCCCGAGAUCGCAGAGUCAAACAGCGCCGAAGAUGUUCCUGUGGUCGAACCACCUGCGCAGUGGGAGUGUCCCAUCUGUGGUCGUCCGCAGGCUGCAGAUGAUCGGGUGUUCAACGUUCAUGUGGACUUUUGUCUCUCGCGCCAGACAAUCCGCGAAAUCGCCCAGGAGUCACCACAAGAGGAGUCAUCUUCUUCGAUGUCUACCAGUCGCAAGCGAAAGACGCCCAAUGCAGCCACAAGCACUGACGUGGAUCCGCGACAGAAGCGAUUGUUCUUCCGAUAA